AUGCAAGUUCAUACAGAUAAGAGUCCUGUUAUUCGAACCACAAAAUCAAGAGGGACAGUUUCACCUAAUUCUAUUAAGUCGAUUCCCAUAACACACAAGGUGAUCAAUCGUAUCAUGGUUCCAAUUUACCUAAGAGACUAACAACAACAGCAAUAACCUCAAAAUCCAGAUGUGAUAAGAUUGUAGUAGGAACUGGAAAUGUGGAUUCAGAGAUAUAGAGAAUUGGAACAACUCUAUUAAGGACAUAAGAAUCAUUUAGUUAUAAUUACAUAAUAUUAAGAGCGUAUAGAUAUGCUUGUUCAAGAGAAUAAUCAGAUAUCCAUGAUUUUGGAGGCACGCAUUCAGGAAGUGCAAUAAUGGGAAAGAAGUUACUAAGAGUUGUAAUAACAAUUGCAGUACACACAGACCAAUAGAGAAUCUGAAUUUCAAAUUCAAAUAAAUUAAUACUCUAAUGUGAUAGCAAAUUAUGAGAAGAAUAUUAAUGAUUUGAAAACAACUCUCUAAUAGAACCAAAAAGAAACCUUAUAAUGGAGAGAGCGUUGUGAUUACUUGUAGAAGGAAUAGGAGAAAAUAAAAUAGUAUUACGAAAAUCAACGCUAGUAAGAUGCUGAAAUACUCAUUUAGAAUGCAGAUCAAUAACGUCAAUAAAAUGAGAAUGAGGUUUAUAAGCUGAGGAAUUAAUUGGAUAUGAGAAUGAAGGAACUUGAAUAAUUUAAGCAAUAAAAUCACCAAAUGGAACAGACUCUUAUUGAAGUGGGAUCUAGUAGGCAAAAUUAUGAAACUAAAUUGUUGCUUUUGACUUAGGAGAUCGAGAAUAGCAAUGAUGUAUUCUAGAAGAAAGUGUAGCAGUUUGAACAAACAAAAAGGAGGAAUUAAGAAUUAGAAUAAGAGAAUUAGAUAUUAAGAGAAUAAUACGAUCAGUUCGCUUAAUAGUUAGAUUUCUAUAGAUAAAAGUAUGAGUAGGAGGUCUUGAACUAAAGGAAACAGGAGAGUUCUAAAUUGGAUAGAGAACGUACACUCUCAGAAGAAAUGAAAAGAAUCUAAUAGCAAAUAGAAGAGAGAGACAGAAGAAUCAAACAAUUAGAAGUUUAGAUCUAAGCUAAUUCUUAAUAUUAGUCUUAAUUGAUUCAACUGGAGGACAAAUGCUAACUGUAUUAGUAGGAGAUCGAAAGAUUGAACGGGUAAGUGAGAUAGAAGGAAUAAUAGAUACAAUAAAUUUAAUUGCAUAAUGAGUAAACGUAGUAGAAGCAUUACAAAAAUGAAAAUACCUUAAUCAAAAUUCAAAAUGAUUAUUAAUAGUUAAUAAUACAAUAGACUACUUAUUAAAAUAAUCUAGAAUAGAUCUAAAGAGUUAAAAUGCAAUUAGAAGAGAGAGUUGUUUUACUAGGAGGUGAAAUUGAAAGAUUAAAUGAUAUCCAAAGACAGUUAAUGAAUGAACUUGAUUAGAAUGUGAGGACAAAAAGAAAUGAGAAUGAAACCAUUAAUACAGAAAGACAGAAAUACUCACUUAUUAUUGAAUAACAAUCCAGGGAAUUAUCAGAAUACAAACUAAAACUUAAUUAGAUUGAAUUGAUUAGAAGUCAAUCAGAAUAAUUGAAAUCAGAUAAUGAUAGAUUGAAUCAAUUAUUAAGACAUUUGUAGAAUGAAAAUGAAUAAUGGAGAUAAAACUAUAAUAAAUUGGAGGAACAAUUAUAAUAAGAUUAUGAGACUAAAAUCAUUAUGUUAUCAUAGGAAAUUGAAAGGCUAUCUAUUUUGAUCAAUGAGAGAAGUACAGAGAUGGAGACCAAUAGAAGGAAAGUCACUAUUUUAGAAGAAGAAUUGAAUAAGAAAAGAUAUAGUUAGGAUGAGAAAUUAGCCAUGCUUACUAGUGAAAUUGAGAGACUCAAUCUGUUAAAUCUAUCCUAUUCUGAAUAAAUUGAAAUGCUUAAGAUUAAAUUGAUAAAGCAGGAUUCCUCAGAUCUUCUAUUAUUAAGAGAAAAAAACUUGUAUUUAAACUAGGAGAUUGAAAGAUUAUAAAAUUUGGUUGAAGAUCUAAAUAAAGAAUUGGAAAUCUAUAGACUCAAAUAUGCUGACCAAUUCGGAGUUGGAUCAAAGUAUGAAGAAUUACUUCUUUAUUUAUCUUUGUACAAAGUUGAAAUUGAAAGUUUGCGUGCAUAAUUGACUGAUAAGGAAAAGGAAGUCAAUGAUAUGCGCAAGUCUUAAUUAGCUCCAUAUAGAAGAUGA